AUGACAGACCAGCGGUAUGCGCUAGAAUACAGGACAGCGCCGGAACGUACCAUAACUAUUAGUGGCGUGCCAGAGAAGAAUCAGGUUGCAGUCCCUCCAGAAACAUCGACCUGUGUCAACGUGCUACUAUUCCCGUCAGGGAGUACCUGUGUCGUAACGCCGUUGAUAACGAAGCUGGGUCCCGAGGCUGACGAGGAAACGAACGAGUCCCCGACAGUGACUGCAGGGUUAUUAGGUGUGAGCGUAGUCGACCCAAAGACAAAAAGGGAUUCAGAACUUCCGGUGGACGUUACGGGGCCUAGAGGAACGAUUGGGGUCAGGUUCUUCGUGGAUGCGUCCUCGUUACCCCGGCAGCGACACUGGUGGACACAGGGCCCCGGUUCUCGCUGUCGCCGCCGCCGUCACUGUUGCCCUUGA